AGAGAGAUGUAAGGGAGAGACAGAGAGCAGCGGAGAGAGAAGGAGAUAGAGCGCCGGUGGGUUACCACACCCAACCGCGCCGGGGACCGAGUGAACGAGUGAACGAGCCGUACGAGAGCUCUCUCGCGAGUAGUACGCGGGUACAGCGGGGGACCCAGGGACCGACGGUCGAGAUUCGACGGAGUACAGUCGGGACUCUCUAGAUCUCGAUCCAACGGACCUCGCUCUCGCGAAAUUUGUCUCUCAGCAGAAUCGUGGAAAUCGCGCCGCGAGCAAAGGCUAAACGUGUGCGCGCGUGUCUCCCCCGCUUCCUCGACGUCUCUCGCGAGUGCGUUUCACGUUUCGUCGCAGAACGUGCGUGCAUGAAUAAAGAAUAAGAAAGAGGGAAGAAAAGGGCUGAAAAAGUAAAAAAAAUUUAGGAAGAAGUAGACGGGCACAGCCGGAGGAAACCGAGGAAGAAGGUUGGAAAAGAAAAAGAGAAGAGACGAGAGGGCAGAUACAAGCUACCGGCCGAGGUUUGUGCGUGUGCGUACAUGUGUUGAUGUGUCGCUGGCGUCGUCGAGCCCUGCCAGGAGUGCUCCGUCGCCGCGUGUGCCGACGUCGUUGAGAGUACGGGGAUUUCGGAGACGCGUCUGUCAGGUCUACGUUUCCGUCUACAUCGUCGUCGUUCUAGUCCUCGUGCACGUUGCCGUCGUCGUCGCCGCGGACAAGUGGUGGUGAAUCGUGCUAGUGGCGAUAGUGGUGGUGCAGACGAUCGGGAAGAGUUUCAUCGGCUUAGCCAGGACGAGAGGGAAGGAAGAAGAGAAGGAAACCACGAGGACGGCGACGAGACGUCGUCGCUCGUUCGCGGUGGCAAGGUAAUAUCGGCCCGACGACGAUACCGUGCCGUCGAGCCCGCUGCUGUCUACGACGAACCUCGCCGCUCGGCAAUCGCUCGUCACCACCGCAAAUCGCUUCUUCCCUCUCUCCCUUCCUCCCUCCCUCUCCUCCCUCCUCCUCCUUUUCCUCCUUCUCCUCGUCCUCUUCCUCCUCAUUUUUCUCCUCUCUUCCUCCUCUAUCCGUCGAGGAUCCUGCCGUCCUGAGCUAUGGCGUGCUGCCUGUCGGAAGAGGCGAGGGAGCAGAAACGAAUCAAUCAGGAGAUCGAGCGGCAACUCCGAAAGGAUAAACGAGAUGCCAGGCGGGAACUUAAGCUGCUACUUUUGGGUACUGGUGAAUCCGGCAAAUCCACCUUCAUUAAACAGAUGAGAAUCAUCCACGGCUCUGGUUAUUCGGAUGAUGACAAGAGGGGGUUCAUUAAACUCGUAUACCAAAACAUUUUCAUGGCCAUGCAGUCCAUGAUCCGAGCGAUGGAGCUCCUCAGGAUCGAGUAUGCCGAAUCUUCGAAUGUAGAAAAAGCAGAACUCGUGCGGAGCGUGGACUUCGAAACAGUUACAACGUUUGAAAGUCCAUAUGUAGAAGCAAUCAAAGAUUUAUGGGCAGAUGCUGGUAUCCAGGAGUGUUAUGAUCGCAGGCGAGAAUAUCAGCUUACAGAUGUCUUUUCUUCACCUCGAUGUCAUUGUUCGGUUAGUAAUUCGUCGGCUGACGUAACCGCCAUUUACCUAAUGGAGAUAGAUCGAGUCGCAGCACCAGACUACCUCCCAACAGAACAGGACAUUCUUCGUGUGAGAGUACCUACUACUGGUAUAAUUGAAUAUCCUUUUGACUUGGAAGAGAUUCGAUUUAGUUUGCAUUAUCGAAAAUUCUUACAGGCAGGGACGACGAGCAUGUGUGAGCUGUUUUGCGAUAUUCCGCUCCUCAUAAUCACCUUUAAUACAUGCAUGGCAUGCACUAUCAGACUGUGGCUUCGUUUGUUUUGCAGUUAUCUUAGUGACCUAGAACGUAUCGAAAAGCCUGACUUCCUUCCUACCGAACAAGACAUUCUUCGGGCUCGAGCUCCUACUACUGGCAUUAUAGAAUAUCCGUUUGAUCUGGACUCCAUCAUAUUUAGGAUGGUAGACGUUGGUGGACAGAGAUCAGAAAGAAGGAAGUGGAUUCACUGUUUCGAAAAUGUCACUUCUAUUAUCUUUUUAGUAGCUUUAAGUGAAUAUGAUCAAAUUUUGUUUGAAUCGGAAAACGAGAAUCGAAUGGAAGAAAGUAAGGCAUUGUUCAAAACAAUUAUUACAUAUCCUUGGUUUCAACAGUCCUCUGUCAUUCUGUUCCUAAACAAGAAAGAUCUGCUCGAAGAGAAGAUUAUGUAUUCUCAUCUUGUUGACUAUUUUCCUGAGUAUAAUGGCCCUAAACAGGAACAUGUACCAGCCAGGGAAUUCAUCUUAAAGGUGUAUCUCAGUACGAAUCCUGAUCCUGACCGCAUGUGCUACUCUCACUUCACGUGUGCGACAGAUACGGAAAACAUCAAACUUGUAUUUUGUGCUGUUAAAGAUACAAUUAUGCAAACUGCACUUAAAGAAUUUAAUCUUGCCUAAUGUGAUUGUGGACAAUUUUUGCAUUUAUGAAUAAUCUUUAGAUAAUGUGUUUCUUUUAUUGACAACGUACACAGAUUUUUUUACAGAACAACUAUUAAUGCCUGA